AUGCUGAGUCAGACUCUCUUCCCCCAGAGCUCAAGCAUGCAGAACUCCUCAGCCAACGGCGCCAGUACUCAAGAGCAGCAUCUGCGCGCACAGCUCGAACUCCUCAAGAAUCACGACGCGACGUCGCCUUCGUCGGCACCUCCUGGCGCUCGCGACCUCAGGAACCCGCCGCUGCAGCCUGCUCCUGCGCGGCCAUCGAAUGGAUUCGACCACCUGGCCGCUCCUCAAGACGCUGUUCGGGCUAUAGCCGCUAAAGGCGAGGCUGAAGCUCACAUUCAUCCUGAGCUCCGCGCCCGACCCAACCACGCGCCAACCGCAAACAUGAUGCCCAUUGCGCCCCCGUCUGGACAUAGUCCAGGGGCUACUGCUGGUCCUUCUGCCGCACCCAUUGCUCCCGCGCCGCAGAUCCCUGGCCCGAUAGACGAGAUGCCAGGCGAUGGCCGCAAGGCGAAGCGGGAGUUGUCCCAGUCAAAGCGCGCAGCCCAAAACCGAGCCGCUCAAAGAGCUUUCCGACAGCGCAAGGAGGGAUACAUCAAGAAGCUCGAGCAACAAGUUCGCGACUACAUGGAGAUGGAACAGUCCUUCAAAACUAUGCAGUCAGAGAAUUACGCCCUUCGCGAAUAUGUCAUCCACCUGCAAUCGCGACUGCUGGAUGUUCACGGCGAAUUCCCCCCACCUCCACCUAAUGUCAACCUUCAACCGGCGCCACCAACUUCGGGACCCGCGCCGAGCGUUCCUGAGCCGGCACCUAGUAAUCCUGCCGUGGGAACACCUCUCGAGGCCGUCGCGCAGGCCGUGGCCGGCCUUGCGGCUCAGGAGCAGAUGGCUGAGCGACAGCAGUACACGGGUAAUCAAUUCAAGCCUGAGCCCGCCGCCGAGGACACGCGGACAGCGGAGGAGAUCAACAGACAACUACAACAACCCGAGGAGCCUGCACAACAACCCGCGGCUUGA